GCGAAAACCAGCUAUGUUGGUUUCAAUGUGCAGGCCAACGAUUAAGGAAAAAAAAAAGAAGAAGAAACAACUGUCAUCUCAGGAUUUGCAACCAAUUAUCUUCGCGCUAUGACCAAUGGAAAAGAAUGGUACUUCAUCUGAGGCUCAUGAUCUUCCAAUUGAUAAAGAAGAAUCCAAAAGACAGACGGCCCUGAUGAAAUGAUCAGACCAUUUGCCAUUGUAUCUAACUUCAAUCUAUGUGCAAAACAAAAGGAAGCUGAGGUUGUUUCUAAGCAAAGCGCUAGCCAAUUAGAAUCAAAGAGAAUGUCCAUGGAUUCAUUACUUGCAUUACAUGAACCCCAGAAAACGACAAACCAAAGUAUCACUACUCUGGAUUCGAUGUUUUCCAUGAAAAUCUACACGUCAAACAAUCCAAACCAGCCAAAAACUGGAUUCAACCCCCUCCUCCAAAAACCUGUUUUCCAAGAACCACCAUUUUACUUUUUUUUCCCGCAAACCCCAAUUCAGAAACCCCAUUGUCUUCAUCUUUGAUAAGAAAAAAAAAAAUGCUCACAAGGGCCUUUACAAAACCCAAAAAGAGUUUUAAAGGAUAUGGUGAACACAGCAGGUCCUGGUCCAUCUCUGAAUAUGAUGAUGGCAUAGUAGGAUUGAUGGAUGAUAUACCGUUGAUCUCUUGUGAAAAUCAUGGACUCCCGCUGACUCUGAAGGAGGUUUUGAGGACAUCUGUUGGUGUGAUGGGAGCGAACAAUAGGGGAUUUACAGAGAAAUUGGUGUUAUCCAAGGGUAGAUUAUGCGCUCUGAAGAGGUUUCGCAAGGUUCUUGUAGGCAAAAGUGAGUUCGGCAGGACAGUUGAAAGGUUGGCUCAGGUUUGCAGGAAGUGCGACUACCUCGUCCCAAUCACUGCUUAUUUGUAUACCAAGAGGUUCAAGCUUGUUCUUUGUGACUACUAUCCCAUGGGAAGCUUAGCUGACUUGCUUGAAGGUGGGAGGCGCGGCCAAACUGCCUUAAAUUGGAAUGAACGGCUGAUGAUAAUAGUUUACGCUGCACGAGCAAUCGCUUUCAUCCAUGCACAAUCCCCCCCAAGUGACAAGAACAUGAAAAUGAACGUUCAUGGAAACAUUAAAUCCUCCAACAUCAUGAUAAACAUCGACCUGACGGCUCGGUUAUCAGAUUAUGGCUUCGUCCAGUUGGCUGACUGCGUGGAAGAUUCUGAUCAUAAAGAAGGACCAGGAACUAGUUACUGUGAGAAUUUGAGUCAAAAGAGUGACAUAUUCAACUAUGGGCUAGUUUUACUCGACCUGCUAGGAGGAGUGAGGGAGCCAGGUUUCAUAGAGUGCAUAGUUGAAACAAAGGAAAGUAUAAAACUGGGGAAAAGUACAUUUUUUGAAUUUGAUGUGCAAGGGAGAGAACGGAGGCAAGCUUUGAAGGUUUUGGACAUUGCUUUGGCUUGUACAAACAGGUUGGCAGAGGCCAGGCCUUCAAUAGAGCAAAUUCUAUUGAAUCUUGGUGAUAUUCCGAAUAGUACUAAAUAAAGCUGUUGGUCUUUGUUAAGACAUUAUUGUAUUUGUAAAAAAACAAAAUAAAAAAUAGGGAUGCUCAGUUGAUUUGAUGAGUGUUGCGUAUACAAUUCAGUAAUGGAUCAGGGGCUUGGCCACUGCACAACAAAGGUUGGU